UUCAGAAGGCGGGCGAAUUUGCAAUGUUCUAGUUUGGAACGCGGCCGGACUAAGUAGUUCUAAGAACGAUCAAAACUACCCUAUUUGCGCGAAUGGGCUGCCGGCAUACAAAAAUUGCAUGGCGUUGAACUUCCAAUCUGAUUGCCACUGACCCCUAACAAACCAACGAAACUUUCUGAGAGGGGGGUGACACCUCCGACGACACUUCUCUUCUGCUUCUCCCAUGUACAAGUGCACAGGCUGUCUGCCAAUGGAAGCGACGUCUUGUUUUCGGCGGACAGCUAGUGAAUGUAAAAAUAAAUAACUGGACGAUAUUCCGCUUUACGUGUUACAAUGUUUUUAACAUAUUUGAAGGUGAAGUUGCCGAACAAGAACUAGGUGUGAGCGCAAAGUGCUGAACUAGAUUUCGGAUUUUGGUCCAACCGAUGCACAGCUAUGGCUUACAUCAAAGAAUCAGCAAAGCCAACAAAAGAAAACAGUCAGAAGCGCCACAUCAUCCCACAUUUGAAAAUAUACUAUCAAAAUGUGGGUGGACUUCGCAAUAAGCUACCGGAACUAACAGAUAACAUCAACAAGUCGAAUUAUGAUAUAAUCACACUAACAGACACUGGACUGAACGGAACCUUCGUGCUCUACAAACAUCUCCACGGGAAGCAAUACAACAUAUUUCGCAGGGAUCAAUAUGCUGAUGAUAGCGAAAAUAUAGACGGCGGAGUACUGAUUGCUAUACGCGAUGAUAUUUCAGCAUCUUUGAUAGACAUUCCAGAAAAUCCCGGUGACCUGGAUUUAAUAGCGUUGAAUAUUCGAAUAAAUAAUGCCUCAAUUUAUUUGAUCGUUGUUAACAUGGCUUGUGAAAUUUCCUCCUCAAAGUAUUCUAAUCUCGCCAAAGUUUUGAACUCGAUUAGUUCUUCUAAGCAUAAUGAAGACGAAAUCAUUGUCAUCGGAGAUUUUAAUUUGUGGAAUGUGCAUUGGGAGCCUAGCGAGGAAGGUAGCCACAUGAAUGCCCGAGUGGAUUGCGCCCAACAGUAUGAAAUGACGCUAAUCGACUCUAUCAAUACAUUGGGUUUAUAUCAAAUGAAUAAUGUUAAAAAUUGUGAAAACAGAAUUCCAGACCUGUUGUUCGCAACGUGUUUGCAAUCGAAUAUAGUGUUAAGUCACAGCUACAAGAGUCUAGUACCUGAAGAACAACGGCCAGCGCUUAAAAUUGAUCUAUUUAAUAUCACCUCGCUCAAGAAUGAAAGAAGUACGCCAUCGGCUCAAUCGGUGCCACUUAUUACAAAUAACUACAUUCCGGAACAUCAAAUGGUUCCAGAGCGGUUCACAGAGAAAUUGAACGCGAACCACAAAGUGAUAAAUUUCGAAAACAUGGCAGGUCUAGAAAAAACUGAAAGUCCCGUGAUAUACCAGUAUAUCGUUGAAAGGAUGGAGGAAUCAGAUGACGACGACAUCGCCAUUCGGUUGAUAAAUGAAGUUUCUAAACGGCCAGUUUUGUAUCAAAAUUAUCAAAAAAUCGUUGAAGAUGAAUGGAAAAAAGUACAUGAAGCUCUUGGAGGGAGAAUAUCAAUAGAACAUAUUCGUAAAAAAUGGAAGAAUAUACGUGAUCGCCAUUUGAAAUCGAAAAAGGAAUCAAUGCGCAAAUACAAGUAUUCAUACAGGCUGCAGUUCUUAGAUUCCCUGUGAGCAUGAAACUUAUCACUUCAUAUGUAACUAAUAUCAGUAAUUAUCUAAUAAUAUCAGUGCUGUUGGACUGUGAUAAAUAUAAUCAGAGAAUGUUAAAUGAUGCGUAAA